GUUACCGAUACUUAUUUCAGGAAGCUGCAAGAAUCCCCCAGUCACUGUGAAAGUGAUAGGGCUUUGGAUAUAUCGUCUGAUGCAGCGGAAGGAGGCAUAAUCCGAUUGCCUGUUUUCACUGCUGGGUUGUGGUCCACUGCCAGGAAACCCACUGGGAUGACCACUCACUAUUCCUAG